UGGUUUUGUUUUGGCCGUGGAGACUAUUAAUCUCCAUGGUUUUGACCCAUGAAUAUGUUUUGAUAACUGCCUGACGUUCACGCUUUUUGAUCACACCACGUGGUCAGAUCAGCUGUAUCGGAUGGGCGAAUGUGAUAUAAACGAAACUAAAAAUUACGCGCUCAAAAUUUAUUAUUUUUAUAAAUUAAUAUUAUAUUUAUUGAUAUGGAUCAUUUAAGUACUCAGUUAAUGAAAGAGAUAGUGUUAGAACCAAGAGAAGGUCUGAAACCAAAUUCGUUAAAUAAGAAAAAUACACAUUCAAUUUCAAAAAAUGCAAACUCUAAAAGUAAUAAUGAUUAUACACAAACAAAAACAAAUACAGCAUCGACAAUGCCUAAAGAGGUUGCAUCACCUAUGAAUUCUGUGAAAAGGAGUUUAAAAAUUGAGAUGCAAACUCUGAUUUUGUCUGAGUACUCAGAAAAGCAGCUUUACGAUACAUUAAAACAAAUUUAUGGCUCAAGUUUUAAAUUGGCUGAGACUUUUGAUUUUGAAAACAAAAAUAGUAAUUUAGGAAGACAAUUUUGGCUUCAAAGAGGUAAUUUAAUUAUAAAGAGUGUUAUGGACUAUUCCUCCAAAGAUACAAAUCCCAAAACUCAUCAUGAGAUAACAAGACAAUUCGCUGUUUCAAAAUUAGAAACAUAUAACUUCAAUCUUUCUCAUUGUAUAGAAGCUUUAACUCAUACAGAUGGAGAUAUGGGAAAAGCUUUAGAACUAUUGUUUUCUAAAUACUAUAAAAUUGAUAGUUUAUCAAAAAACGAAAAUUUAGAUUCAGUAGAUAUGUCAGAUUUGAUAGAAAGAAGACAAGAAGAAAAAGAAGCUUUGCAAAGUAUUUAUGAAGAUACCUUUACAGAAAAAAUUAAAAACCAAAUUUGGACUUUUGAUAUGAAACUGAACUAUUUAAUUCAAACUAAUGAUGAUGAAGUGAUAAAAAAUAAACCUAAAGUGCUCUUAAAAGAUAUUUGUAGACUUUAUCUGGCUGGAAAAUGUAAAUUUGGUAUAAAAUGUAGAUUUGUUCAUCAACAACCUGAGCCAGAAGAGAAACCAAGACCAAAAAAAGAUGCUCAUUUUACUUUAGAAAUCAGGUUUCCAGACAAUUCUAAAUAUCCAUAUGAACCGCCAUAUUUUUUCUUCUAUAAACCAGAUGGAUUGUAUCCUCCAUUAAAUUGCUUAAGGAUAGUCAGGCUAUUAUAUAAUGAAGCUUUAACUCACUGUAAAGCUGGCAUUCCAUGCAUUUUCACAAUCGUUUCUCUUCUAGAAAAUGAAAAUUAUAUCAAAUCGUAUUUAGAAGAAAAUAAAGAAUUUUUCUUAGAUCCUAAUGAUUCAUUGUUUCCCAAAUUAUCAAAAAUUUCGAACGAUGGACCUUCUCGUUACAAAAAAGGCUCAUCGAAUAAAAAGAUCAGAGAUGAAAUCACAAUGGAAGAUAUUUUCAAGCAAGAUAUUGAAAUUAAAAAUAAGUUUAUGAAAAAACAAAGAAGUCCUCAAUACUUAAAAAUGAAAGAAGCUAGAAAAAAUCUACCAGCAUGGAGUAAAAUGAAUGAAGUUUUGGAAAAAAUUCAUGAAAAUCAAAUUGUUAUUGUUUCUGGUGAAACUGGUUGUGGUAAAAGUACACAGGUGCCUCAGUUCAUUCUUGACGACUGGCUAAUCAACAUGUCAGAAGAAAGCAAGCAGCAUGUAGAAAUAGUAUGUACAGAACCUCGUAGGAUAAGUGCAAUCGCAGUAGCAGAAAGAGUGGCAGCUGAAAGAGAUGAACGUGUAGGAAACACUGUCGGAUAUCAAAUAAGAUUGGAAAGUAAAGUAUCCAAUAAUACAAGAUUAACAUUUUGUACCACAGGAAUUUUAUUGCAAAGGCUAACAAGUGAUCCCAUUUUAAAAUCUGUUACACAUGUUAUUGUUGAUGAAAUUCAUGAAAGAAGUGCAGAAAGUGACUUAUUACUGAUGUUAUUGAAGAAAAUACUUUCAGAGAGGUCUAAUUUGAAAAUUAUUCUCAUGAGUGCCACAUUAAAAGCUGAUAUUUUCUCGACUUACUUUGGGAAAACACCUAUUAUUAAUAUUCCAGGGAGAACUUAUCCAGUUACACAAUUAUUUUUAGAAGAUAUUCUGGAAGAAUCAAAAUAUGUUGUUGAGGAAAAUUCAAAAUAUUCAAGAAACAAAGGUAGUUGGGAGCAAUUAUACACAGAUGCAUUAAUGGCUCAUCAGAGAAAUUCAUGGGAAGUAUUGCCAAAAAAUACAAUUCUAGAUGAAAAUCUUACAGUGGCACAAAUUAUUAGGAGAUAUUCAGGAUAUUCAAAUUUGACUCACCAAAAUUUAUACGUUAUGAACCAUGAAGCAAUAAACUAUGAUUUAAUUGAACAUAUUUUAGAAUGGCUUAAUUAUGGUAAUCACGAUUAUCCGAAACAUGGUACAAUAUUGGUCUUUCUGCCAGGUAUCACUGAAAUUAUGACGUUGAAAAAUAUUUUAUGUAAUAGUUCACUGUUUUCACCUGAAAAAGGAAAAUUUGUUAUAAUACCUUUGCAUUCUACUUUGACGAGUGAGGAGCAAAGUUCAGUGUUCAAACGGCCAGAACAUGGCGUAAGGAAAAUAGUACUCAGUACAAAUAUUGCCGAAACUUCAAUAACGAUAGACGAUUGUGUUAUUGUUAUCGAUACCGGAAAGAUGAAAGAGACGAGAUUCGAUUCGAAUAAGAAUAUGGAAAGCCUUGAGUUAUGCUGGGUAUCUCGAGCAAAUGCCCUUCAAAGGAUGGGUCGAUCAGGUCGUGUUGGGCCUGGUGUUUGUAUACAUCUUUACACGUCACACAGAUUCAAAUACAAUUUUUUGGCUCAUCCGAUUUCUGAAAUUCAAAGGAUAUCUUUAGAACCUCUGCUUCUUAGAAUUAAAAUUUUAAAUAAGGAUCAUAAUGUUGAUUUACAUAAAGCUCUUGGACAAUUGAUAGAGUCUCCAGCUGACGAUAGUAUAAGCACAGCUAUUAAGAGAUUACAAAACGUCGGUGCUUUCGACCCAGAAGGCAUGCUGACGCCUCUUGGACAUCAUUUAGCAGCUCUACCUGUUGAUGUUAGAAUAGGCAAGCUGAUAUUAUUUGGAGCUAUUUUUUGUUGCGUUGAUUCAGCUUUGACAAUUGCAGCUUGUCUUUCUCACAAAAGUCCUUUUGUAACACCUUUUGAUAAAAGGAAUGAAGUUGAUAUUAAGAAGAAAGAAUUUUCUGUUGCACAUUCGGAUCAACUGACAACUUUGAAAGCUUAUAAGAAAUAUAUGGAAGUUAGUGCUCGGGGUUAUCACGCAGGACAAGCUUUUGCAAAUGAAAACUUUUUGUCUAUUAAAACUCUUCAAACUAUAGCAGAUAUCAAGCAUCAGUUUUUGGAACUAUUAGUUUCCAUCGGUUUUGUUCCUAUCGACCUUAAAAAACGAUCUACAGGUCAAGAUAAAAUUCUUGAAAUAACUGGACAAGAAUUAAACGCUAACAAUGAAAACUAUAAUCUUUUACAAGGUUUACUUUGUGCAGCACUGUAUCCUAAUAUAGUUAGAGUAUUUACUCCAGAAAAAUCGUUUGUAAAGAUGACUACCGGUGCCAUUGCUCGGCAACCUAAACCCGAAGAAUUGCGAUUUCAAACACAAGAUAAUAGAUAUGUCAACAUCCACCCAUCUUCAAUCAAUUCUAGUGUUGGUUACUACAGUAGUCCUUAUUUGGUCUUCCAAGAAAAAAUAAAAACUAGUAGGACUUUUAUAAGAGAAGUGACAAUGGUACCUAUUCUAUCUUUGGCUUUAUUUUCUGGUUAUGGAAUAGAUAUUGAGCUACAUAACGGCACUUUCAUACUAUCGUUGGGCGAUGGAUGGAUCACCAUUGCUGUUGAAUCUCAUAGAACUGGCCAAUUAUUGCAAUAUGCUAGAAUAGAACUUGAAAAACUGUUGCUACAAAAGAUGGAGGAUCCUCUUUUGAAUAUUGUAAAUCAUGCAAAUGGACGAAAAAUUAUAACAACAAUAGUAAAUAUUAUUACGAGAGGCUAGAUUUUGAAAGACUUAAAUUUUUGAAUUUAUGUAGAUUAAUUUAUUAUUUUUGUCUUAAUAGAAAAAUAUAUUUGUAUUGUUAGUAACAUUGUUUAUACGAGAUUUCAUCUAAGAUCUUAUAUAUAACGUUGAAUACUGUAUAACGACUAAUGUUUUUUAUUUGAGAAAUUAACAAAUAAUUAUGUGAGAUUAAAGGUAUUGUAUUUUUAAUGUCAUAUAGAUUUUAAUAUGUCUUGCAGAAAGUGGUCGUUCAAAUUAAAUAAAUAUUUAACAUUGUCUGUAAAUUUAAAAACAAAAAA